AUGUUUCCCACUCUGAUGAGACGUAUGGCCUCGUCUUCAAAAGACAGCCUUCUCAAGAAGGCUCCUCUGACGGUGGCAACCAAUCCUUAUAAAGCCCGAAAAGUGUGGCCUCCGGACUUCAAGCAGCUUACUGUCCAGCAACAACUCCGGUUUGAGAAGAAGUACAAACGUCGCAUUAUCCUAGCAAGUCGAGCACCGCGAUGGGUGAGAUUUGUCAAGACUGCUCAGCUCCUAACGAUUGUUGCUGCACUGAUCUGGAUCUGCUUCUACUCCGAGUUUGAAUGGUGGGGUCAGAAGUAUAAGCCUUCCGAAGAGAUCCGUAAGAAGACACAAUAUCUAUUCGGCACAGUCGAUCCGGAGAAGCGAUACGAACGACGACCAGAUGCGCCGCCUUUUCAUCCCCCCAAGGACGAGCCAGAAUCAAAAUAG